UAGUUAAUCCCUGCACACCUAAAGAGAUCACAUCAAUAAAACACGAAAAACAAGAAGCGUUGAAGUGUAAUUCCUGACCUCACCUGAGACAUCACUGAGAUAUCACCAUGGCAGCAGAAUAUAAUGACACAGAAGACAAUUACGGCAAUUACAGUGAUUUUGAUUACGGAGACUAUGCUCCAGCCACCGAUGUACGGGAAUUCAGCCAAGCGUUUCUUGCCACUCUCUACAGUUUGGUUUUCAUCCUGGGCUUCAUAGGUAACGGACUAGUGGUGUGUGUCCUGGUGAAGCAUCGCAAUCAGAGCAACCUGACAGACAUCUGCCUCUUCAACCUGGCUCUCUCUGACCUCCUCUUCAUCUUCAUGCUGCCUUUCUUCUCUCACAAUACCAGGGUUGGCCAGUGGACUUUUGGAGACUUCAUGUGCCGUUUGAUCUCCGGGUCUCACCACAUUGGCUUCUUCAGCAGCAUCUUCUUCAUGGUUGUCAUGACGCUGGACCGCUACAUGAUCAUCGUGCACGCUCACAGGGUUGCACGUUAUCGCACAAAGAAGGCAGCCAUCAUUCUGACCGUGCUCGUUUGGAUGCUGAGCUUGUUUGUCUCUCUGCCGGAUUUUAUCUUCAUAGAGGAAACAGAGGAGUACCAGGAGUUUGGAUGUGACUAUCCUGAGGAGAGCAAAGUCUGGGAGCGUUACAACCUGUUCACCACAAAUGUGCUGGGUCUUGUGAUUCCCGUGCUGGUGAUGGUAGGUUGCUACUCCAGGAUCAUCCCCAGGCUGGUAAACAUGAGGACUGCAAAGAAGCACCGCAUCGUCAAGCUGAUCAUCUGUAUAGUGGUUGUAUUCUUCUUCCUCUGGGCUCCAUAUAACAUUUCCCUUUUCCUGGAGUUUCUUCAGGAAAGAGAAAUAAUCCUCAAUGAUGAAACCUGGUACAAAAAUGUAAAGCUGUCAAUAACAGUGACCGAGGCCUUAGCUUACACUCACUGCUGUCUGAAUCCCAUCAUUUAUGCUUUUGUGGGAGAGAAGUUUAUGAGACGAGCCUUGCAGCUGCUGAAAAAGUUGAUGCCUGGUUACAGCAGAGAUCUGACAGACAGCUCAUUCAGGAGGAGCUCAGUUAUGUCCGGGGGCUCUGAAAUCACCUCCUCCUUUAAACUGUAGGAGGUGGAGGGCAGUUGUAAGUAUUUUUACACCCUGUUAUUACUGCAGACCGUGUCUCAUACUUUUUUCAUUCAUUUGGUCACUUCUAUCUGACAAAUACCACAGUGUUCUUCACCUGUGUGGCACCUUCGAAAUGUGUUUGUACACCUUUGAACUAAUAGUAAUUUCUUCCCCUGACUGUUAGAUUUUAAAUGUACUCAUUACUUCUUCAAUGCCUUUAAUGUGUGUUAGCACUGCCAAUUUACAGUAUAUUAAUUACCUUCGACUCUAAUUAUCAAAUUCUAAAUGUAAAUGCUGCCUACUUAUAAAAUUAACCUGUUAGCUGUGCUGGCUGCUUUACAGAAUCUCGAGUAUCUCACUUUUUAAUGCCCUUCCUUCCUCAAGCGGAACUAAACUUGCUGGUCUGUUAAACUGAACCUGCUGUUUAUUUCAAUGUGUAACUUUCUUCUUCUUCUUUUUUAUGACCUUGCAAUUUCAUAGAAGCACAUCAAAAAUAGCAUACAACAAUUUCCGAGUAUAUCUUUGUACAAAAGAAGAUCUGAAAUAGCUGCAUGUGUGAAUUGUAAUUCUCUCUACUUCCACAUUGCUCUCUGAUGUUUAGCCUGAUAUUGUUCUUUUGUUUGUUGUAUUAUGUUGUGGUUCCUUGUAUUUGUCAUUGUUUGCCAAUGGAGCUGAUUGGAGUCAGGCAUCCAAUCAUCUCUUAUCCUCAUUUUGUAUUAUAGCUUUAUGAAGACAAUAAAUGAUACUGCAGAUAUUGAACUUAUGUCA